AUGGACUCUGCCGCCAUUAGGGGCUUGCUCGCUACGAGUCUGCUUCCCGAUGCCGACAAUAGACGUCGUGCUGAGCUUCAACUAAAGCAGGUUGAAGAAGAGACCGGUUUCCUCGUCUGCCUCCUCGACAUCCUCGAGGCCGAACAAGAUGCCAGUGUGCGCCUAGCCACAAUCAUCUAUCUCAAGAACCGCAUCAAUCGAUCAUGGUACACGACCGAGCCCGUCACCCAGGGCAAAUUGAUUCCCGAUGAGGAAAAGAGUCGCAUUCGAGACCGCCUCGUCCCUCUUCUCGCAGAUGCAGACCCCCUCGUCCGCCAGCAGCUCAUCCCUAUUAUCCAGCGCGUCCUCCAGGCCGACUUCCCUAGCCGAUGGCCCAACUUUAUGGGCUUCACCUCGGAGCUGCUGAACACCAACAAUCCCUCGUCGGUACUCGCUGGUCUGCAGUGUCUUCUUGCCAUCUGCCGUGCUUUCCGCUUCAAGUCCUCUAACAGCGAUGACCGCCCGCACUUCGACACCAUUGUCGAGACCAGCUUCCCCCGCCUUCUAACAAUUUGCAACGAGCUGGUCAACCAAGAGAGUGACGAGGCCGGUCAGAUGCUUCACCUGGCUCUCAAGACCUACAAGCACGCUACCUGGCUCGAGCUCUCCCCCUCCCUCCGUGUCCCCGAGACCAACAUCGCAUGGUGCACUGUUUUCCUCCAGACCGUUGCCAAAGCCGCCCCUGCCAGCGCCAUGAAGGACGAUCCGGCCGACCGUGAAAUUCACCACUGGUGGAAAGCCAAGAAGUGGGCUUACUUCAACCUUAACCGUCUGUUCAUCAGACAUGGCAACCCCACCAUCCCUGGCAAGGAGGCCGAUGCCCUCGCCUUUGCAAAGAACUUCAUCGCCAACAUCGCGCCCGAGAUUCUCAAGCAUUACCUCCACGAAAUUGAGAAAUGGGUGGCCAAGACCUCGUGGCUUAGCCGACCUUGUCUGUCAUACACCCUCAUCUUCCUCGACGAGGCUGUUGGUCCCAAGGAGAUGUGGCCGCAUCUCAAGCCGCAUCUGACCAAUCUUGUCACCCACUUCGUCUUCCCUGUGCUCUGCUUGACCGAAGACGAUCUCGAAAAGUUCGAGGACGAACCUGAGGAGUACCUUCACAGGAAGCUCACGUAUUUCGAAGAGGCCUCCGCCCCCGACGUUGCCGCCACCAACUUCCUCGUCAACCUCACCAAGCAGCGCCGCAAGGAGACCUUUGAGAUUCUCAAGUUUGUCAAUGCCGUCGUCAACGAGUACGAGGAAGCCGCCCCCGAGGCGAAGAACCACGUCGCCAAGGAGGGUGCCCUGCGCAUGAUUGGUACUCUCGCACCCGUUAUUCUCGGCAAAAAGAGUCCCAUCGCCGACCAAAUCGAAUACUUCCUCGUGCGAUAUGUGUUCCCCGACUUUAAGAGCCCCCAAGGCUACCUACGUGCUCGUGCUUGCGACACCAUUGAGAAGUUUGAGCAGCUCAACUUCCAGGAUAUCAACAAUUUGCUCACGAUUUACCGCCAUAUUCUCGACGGCAUGGCCGACGAAGCGCUUCCGGUCCGCAUUACUGCAGCUCUUGCCCUUCAGCCUCUUAUUCGCCACGACAUUAUUCGCCAGCACAUGAAACAGAGCAUCCCUACCAUCAUGCAGCAGCUGUUGAAGCUUGCAAACGAGGCUGAUAUCGACGCCCUCGCCAACGUCAUGGAGGAUUUCGUUGAAGUUUUUGCCACUGAGCUUACCCCCUUUGCUGUUGCCCUGUGUGAACAGCUUCGAGACACAUAUCUACGCAUUGUUCGCGAACUGGUGGAGAAGGAGAGCAAGGCCGGCGAUGAUGACGACCUAUACAUUGCCUACGAUGACAAGAGCAUCACAGCUCUUGGUGUCUUGCAGACCAUUGGAACUCUGGUUCUGACUCUUGAGAGCACCCCCGAUGUGCUUCUCCAUAUCGAGGCCGUCCUCAUGCCUGUCAUCAAGGUUACUCUGGAAAAUAAGCUAUACGACCUCUAUAAUGAGGCGUUCGAAAUUAUCGACAGCUGCACAUUUACCGCCAAAAGCAUAUCCCCUAACAUGUGGCAAGCUUUUGAGCUUAUUCACACAACCUUCAAGUCCGGCGCUGAAUUCUACCUCGAAGAUAUGCUACCUGCUCUGGACAAUUUCGUCCAAUUCGGUGCCGCACAACUGACCCAGAAACCUGAAUAUGUUAGAGCCCUUUAUGAGAUGGUUUCAGACAUGUUCACGGAUCCUCGUCAGGGUGGUGUUGAGAGAAUAUGCGCCUGCAAGCUGGCCGAGGCUCUCAUGCUUAGCCUCCGUGGCAGCAUUGACCAGUAUAUGGAGGGCUUCAUCUCUAUGGCCAUGACUGUGUUGUCUGCCCAGCCUGACGUCAAGCCCAAGAGCUACAAAAUCUACCUUCUGGAGAUGGUCAUCAACUGCAUCCACUACAACCCUCUUCUGAGUCUUCAGAUUCUCGAGGCCAAAGGCUGGACGAACCGCUUCUUCAGCCUGUGGUUCGGCAGUAUGCCGUCGUUUACCCGCGUCCACGACAAGAAGCUCUGCAUUGUCGCCAUCUCUGCCCUCCUCAACCUUAACCACGAACAAGUUCCUCAGAGUGUCGCUGUCGGCUGGCCACGUCUGCUUCAGGGCAUUACUGAGCUCUUCCGUACCCUACCGGCGGCUCUCAAGAAUCGUGAGGAAGCCCUCCGCGACGACCCGUACUUCUCCAACAACUAUACUUAUGAUGACGAUGACGAGUGGGAUGAGGAUGAAUCCAAGUGGGAGGCCGAGGAAGAGGCAGAGCCAGUUGUCGAGGAAGAGGCAGCCGAGGCCAAGGAAGAGAGCAACGCCUACCUCGAAUUCCUGCACGGGGAGGCUCAAAAAUUCAGUCGUGCUAUUGACGAUGAGGAGGAGGAUGAGCUCAGAGAAGAUAGCGUCCUCCUAGAGUCGCCGCUGGAUAAGGUCGAGCCUUAUCAGCUAUUCCGUGGCACUCUUCUGAAAAUGCAACAAGAGCAACCCCAGUUCUAUGGCAACUUGGCAGGUCACCUCUCGUCAGAUGAACAGGGCGUUCUGCAGAGCAUCAUCGCUAAGGCCGAGGCGAUUGCAGCACAACAAGCACAGCAGCCGCCCAACGGCGGUGCAAACUAG